AUGCAGAGCUGUGCCAAGUGGUGGGGGAUGCUCCUCGGGCGGGGGGCGGCGGCCAGACGGAGCUGGGCACCGCGGGGCGGCGGCGGCGGCGGCGGCGGAGGCGGGGGCCCCCGCGCCCCCGCCGCGUCCUCCCGCCACAUCGAGCGGCUCCUGCCCCGCCACGACGACUUCUCCCGCAGGCACAUCGGCCCCGGAGACAAAGACAAGGGGGAGAUGCUGCGGACCGUGGGGUUGGCGAGCAUCGACGAACUGAUCGAGAAGACGGUCCCGGCCGGCAUCCGCCUGAGAAGACCGUUGAAGAUGGAGGACCCCAUCUGUGAAAAUGAAAUCCUUGAAACAUUGUAUGGCAUGGCAAGCAAAAACAAGAUCUGGAGAUCAUAUAUUGGCAUGGGCUAUUACAAUUGCUCAGUACCUCAGACCAUCAUGCGGAAUUUGUUGGAGAAUGCAGGAUGGGUUACCCAGUACACUCCUUACCAGCCAGAGGUCUCUCAAGGACGACUGGAGAGUUUACUCAAUUUUCAGACCAUGGUGUGUGAUAUCACAGGAAUGGAUGUGGCUAAUGCAUCCUUGUUAGAUGAGGGAACUGCUGCAGCCGAGGCUAUGCAGCUAUGCCACAGACACAGCAAGAGGAGGAAAUUUUAUGUGGACAUCCGGUGCCACCCGCAGACAAUAGCUGUCGUCCAGACGCGAGCCAAUUACAUUGGGGUCAUCACUGAGUUGAAGUUGCCUCAUGAAAUGGAUUUCAGUGGUAAGGAUGUCAGUGGAGUGCUGUUCCAGUACCCAGACACCGAAGGGAAGGUGGAAGACUUCAUGGAGCUUGUGGAUAGAGCCCAUCAGAAUGGGACUCUGACCUGCUGUGCUACUGACCUUUUAGCUCUUUGUGUCUUGAGGCCUCCUGGUGAAUUUGGGGUCGAUGUUGCCCUGGGCAGUUCCCAGCGGUUUGGAGUGCCUCUCUGUUAUGGAGGACCUCAUGCUGCCUUUUUUGCUGUCAGAGAAAACCUGGUGAGAAUGAUGCCUGGAAGAAUGGUGGGAGUUACAAGAGAUGCUACUGGAAAGGAAGUCUAUCGUCUUGCACUACAGACUCGAGAGCAGCAUAUCAGGAGGGAUAAGGCUACAAGCAACAUCUGUACAGCUCAGGCCCUUUUGGCUAACAUGGCUGCCAUGUUUGCAAUUUACCAUGGUUCCAGUGGAUUGAAGCAUAUUGCCAGGAGUGUACAUAAUGCCACUUUGAUUUUAUCUGAAGGUCUCAAGAGAGCUGGCCACAAACUACAGCAUGACUUAUUUUUUGAUACCUUGAAAAUUCAAUGUGGCUGUGCAGUAAAGGAAGUCUUGGAAAGAGCAGCUCAGCGACAAAUCAAUUUGCGACUUUAUGGAGAUGGCACACUUGGCGUUUCCCUAGAUGAAACUGUUACAGAGAAGGACCUGGAUGACUUGUUGUGGAUCUUUGGCUGUGAAUCUUCUGCUGAACUGGUUGCUGAGAGCAUGGGUGAUGAAAAGACAAGAGGAAUCCUAGACACCCCUUUCAAGAGGACUAGCACUUUCUUGACACAUCAGGUAUUCAGCAGCUACCGCUCGGAAACGAAUAUCGUCCGAUAUAUGAAAAAACUGGAAAACAAAGAUAUUUCCCUCGUUCACAGCAUGAUUCCCUUGGGUUCCUGCACAAUGAAACUCAACAGUUCAUCUGAACUUACACCUAUCACGUGGAAAGAGUUUGCCAACAUCCACCCCUUUGUGCCUCUAGACCAGGCUCGAGGCUACCAGCAGCUUUUCCAAGAACUUGAGAAGGAUUUAUGUGAACUCACGGGCUAUGACAAAAUUUCCUUCCAACCCAACAGUGGAGCACAGGGUGAAUAUGCUGGUUUGGCUGCUAUCAAGGCUUACUUAAAAGGAAAAGGAGAGGAUCACCGAACUGUCUGCCUUAUUCCCAAAUCCGCUCACGGUACCAACCCUGCAAGUGCCCAGAUGGCAGGAAUGAAGAUCCAGCCAGUAGAGGUGGAUAAAAAUGGGAACAUUGAUGUUUCCCACCUCAAAGCCAUGGUAGAUAAGCAUAAAGAGAACCUGGCCGCCAUCAUGAUCACCUACCCAUCCACCAAUGGGGUGUUUGAAGAGAACAUCAGUGAUGUGUGUGACCUCAUCCACCAGCACGGGGGCCAGGUGUACCUAGACGGAGCCAACAUGAAUGCUCAGGUGGGACUGUGUCGUCCUGGAGAUUUUGGAUCAGAUGUCUCCCACUUAAAUCUUCACAAAACAUUCUGCAUUCCCCAUGGAGGAGGAGGACCUGGAAUGGGACCCAUUGGAGUGAAGCAACACCUUGCUCCUUUUCUGCCUAAUCACCCAGUUAUUUCAAUGCAGCCAGAUAAAGAUGCACGUUCUUUGGGGACUAUCAGUGCUGCCCCUUGGGGCUCAAGUGCAAUUCUGCCAAUUUCCUGGGCCUAUAUUAAGAUGAUGGGAGGAAAGGGCCUGAAGCAUGCCACAGAGAUUGCCAUCUUAAAUGCCAACUACAUGGCCAAGCGAUUAGAGAAGCACUACAAAGUCCUUUUCAGGGGUGCAAGAGGCUAUGUGGCUCAUGAAUUUAUUCUGGACACCAGACCUUUCAAGAAAUCUGCAAACAUCGAAGCAGUGGAUGUUGCUAAAAGACUUCAAGAUUACGGCUUCCAUGCCCCAACCAUGUCUUGGCCAGUGGCUGGUACCCUCAUGAUUGAACCCACAGAAUCUGAAGACAAGGCAGAGCUGGACAGGUUUUGUGAUGCGAUGAUCAGCAUUCGACAAGAAAUUGCUGACAUAGAGGAAGGACGCAUGGAUUCAAGGGUUAAUCCACUGAAGAUGGCCCCACACUCCUUGACUUGCAUUACGUCCUCUAACUGGGAUCGUCCUUACUCCAGAGAGGUAGCAGCUUUCCCAUUACCCUUUGUGAAACCAGAGAGCAAAUUCUGGCCCACGAUUGCCAGGAUUGAUGAUAUCUACGGAGAUCAGCAUUUGGUGUGCACCUGCCCCCCGAUGGAGGUUUAUGAGUCUCCAUUUUGUGAACAAAAGAGAGCUUCAUCUUAGGUUUCUCUCCCUUGCUUUCAGGUGAAUGAAUCGAUGCCUCACUGCAAUGUUUUUCUAGCAAGAUGUAUUAUUUUCCCUUCCCCGGAAUCGAUUAGGGGAUUUGUAUACUGUGUAUAUUUUGGUAAUUUCCACACUGGUAAUUGAAACUGCCAAACUCAAUGUAAAUACAAUCAGUAUAAUAGGGGAAAGUUGCUUGUUUGAAAACUGACUUGUUUCAGUGCCUCAGUUUCCAUGACUCUUGAUGUUAAAGUUGCCUUGAUUGAGCACCGUUUAAUUUUUUUUCAUGCCAGGAACUUAAGUAACAUAGCAAUUUUCCAGGCUUCGUGGUGGUUGUAUGGAAAGACAAGUGUAUUUUUCUUUCCGAAGUUGAAUUGAUGACUCUUGCUAACUGAGGGAAAUCCCAUGGCAAACGUUUACAUUUUGUACAGAUGGACGAAGCUGUUUUAUUACUAAUUUGUCUACUCUAUUGCGAUCAGUAACGCUGGUAGUGUUUUAAAGGAAGUAAAUGAACCUUUCUUACCUGUACCCUGUAUUUCUAUCUGCCCGUGUUAGCAUUCCAAUAAAAUCAAGUUUUGAGAGUGC